CACUGUAAGCCGCCUUCUUCUGUUUUUCCCCUCUCUCACACACUCCCUUCGGUUCCAAUGGCUCCCACCAUCGAAACCGCCGCCGCCGCCGCCGCUCCCAUCACCGCAUCAAGGGUGGAGCAAUCAACAAUCACCGCCGCCGUAACCGCCCUGCUGAAGCACAAAGCCGCCGCCGCCGCCACCUCCGACAAGCUGCAGCUCCUCCCGCAAGACGACUACAUCUACCUAAACCUAACCCUAAAAAAAAUCCCAACAAACCCUAGCACGAAGCCCUUCAAAAUCCCGCUCACCCACCCAACCCUCGACCCAAAUUCCCAGGUCUGCCUAAUCAUCGACGACAGGCCGCAAACCCCAACCCCGCCCUCCGAGCAAAUCAAGAAGCUAAUCAAAUCCCAGUGCAUACCCAUCUCGAAAGUGGUGAAGCUCUCGAAGCUGAAGACCAACUACAAGCCAUUCGAGGCGAAGAGGAAGCUCUGCGACAGCUUCGACAUGUUCCUCGUCGACAAACGGAUUGUCCAUUUCUUGCCGAAGCUGAUCGGAAAGGAGUUUUUCAAGAAGAAGAAGCUGCCUUUGGGUGUCGAUUUGGGCAAGAAGAAUUUGAAGGCGCAGGUGGAGGUUGCUUUGGGGAGUGCCCUUUUGUAUCUGAGGAGCGGGACUUGCUCGGUGACGAAAGUCGGUAGGGUCGAUAUGGACAAGGAUGCGAUUGUCGAGAAUGUGUUGGAUGCGAUUAAGGGGGCGGUCGAUAGGGUUUCGAAGAAGUGGGAUGGUGUGAGGAGUUUGCAUUUGAAGUUUAGCGACUCGGUUGCGUUGCCUGUUUAUCAGGCGAUGCCGGACGUGAAGUUGAAAAUCGAGGGUUUGAAGGAGAGUGAGAAGAGAGCUGAGGUGGCAGCGGCGAAGAAUAGUGAUCACGAGGGUGAGGAGGUUAAGGAAGUGGUUAGUGGGAAGACGGAGGGUAAAAGUGGAAAGAGGAAGAAGGGGAGGAUGCACGAGGUUCGUUAUAUGGAUGUUGGAGAGAAGGAGGGUGAUGAGGAAAAAUCAGAAGCGGAUUUGAUGGAGGAAAUUGACGAUGAGGUUGAAAAUAAACCGAAGGCGAAGAAAAGGAGCAAGGUGAAGAAAGAUUCGAAGGAAGAUGUUUUAGUGGUGUUGAAUGGAGAGAAACCGGUGAAGAAAAAAGCGAAGAAGCCGACGAAAGACGAGGGAACGAAGAGCACGAAAGCGAGUGAAAGUGUUGUCAAGGUUAAUAAGGAUAAGAGCAAGAAAGCGAGUGAAAGUGUUGUCAAGGUUAAUAAGGAUGGGAAAAGCAAGAAGAGAGGUUCGGCGAAAUGACGAUCAAGAAAGGUAUUUUUUUGAUUUGUUUUCUUCUUCGAGGAUUAAUCGUGAUGUGUGUGUGUGUGCGCGUGGGUAGUUAAAAAUGGCUAUAAUUUUUUGUUCGUUACGUAGGGGUAACUACUAGUAUUUCGAUUGUUUUGGAUAAUUUUAUUUACUUUUUUGUGGUUUAAGGGAUAAUGUUGUUGAAUCAAUCUUUUGAGUAAUUUAUGAGACAUUCGUCUUCGUUAUAAAUUCCGAGUCUUGAAUUUUCUUGAUUUUGGCUAUUGACGACUGC